AUGGGAUCGGAGCAACACACUCGACCACCGGCCUCGCGUCCGAUCAAGCCAAUCCUCAAGCCACCACCUCCAGCGGCGAAAACAGGAAUGUUUUCCUCCCUGUUUUCCGUCGUUUCCCGCGAACUGGAGUCGUUUGUUGAGAGUGUUCGCGGUGUUGAACAAGCCAGUUCCUCUCCGGCCAAGGAAUCGAGCCAUUAUGAGAUCCCUCCUCGGUCCAGUGAAAAUGGAUGGCGAUCUCUGGUGCGACGAACGACCGGACAACCCAAACCCAAACCGUAUGCUCGCCCAUCUCCCAAGAAAGACAUUGGCCAUCCCAAGCAACGCAAAGUGCCGGGCUUUACGAUACCCGCUUGGACAAAGCAGCCUCCGUUUAAUAAUCGACUACACGCAGUUGCUGAGUCAUCUCAUGAUGGUGCCGAGGAGCAGGAAUCGCAGGAGGAAGAAGAGCAAGGGGGACGGGGAGAAAGAGGAGAAGGGGAGGAGGAGGAGGAAGAGGAAGGUGAUACUGAACUGGAGGACCAAGGGGAUGGGGAUCCAGACGGAGAUGGUGAUCAAGUCGACAUGUUCGACACUCCAGGCCCCGGAAAGAAGUCCGGAAAAAAGGCGAAACAAAAGUCAGGCUUAUUGGGCAAGGAUGUGUCGAACAAGGAUAAAGGAAAAUCCAAGGCGAGCGCUGAGCAGAUCGCCAUAUGGGAGAAAGAGAUGGAGAGCGCGCGUGGGGCAAAGUGGGUGGAUCAUCGACGAUUGCUUCGCUCGAAGAGGAACUAUUGGGUGCCAAAGCGAGACUCAAGGCGGAGAAGGAGCGCUUUUUGGCCGAAGGUGGCGAACUUUCCGACGAGACACGAGGAAGAUACGGAGAGUGGCCGGACGAUAGUUACGAAGUCAGUCCAGGUUCAAUCACUCCCCGACCCCGAUGAAUCGAUGCGACGUUACCGCCGACGCACGACUCCCAUCGACGAUACGCCUGUGCCGAAGAAACGUGGACCUAGGACGCGGGCUUCAGGUCUUUCAUUGGGGCGGGCCCCGCCCCCAGUCCCUCCGACUGUGGUGGAAGAGCCUGCACCGGUGGAAUCAGAGCCUCUCCGACCUGCGUCACCUCCACCAGUGCCAAUCGACUCGGUUCUUAUGGACAUUUCACCUCAAAAGUCACCGCCCAAGGCUUCCCCUGCGCGUUCCCAUACAUCACGUUCACAGUCCCACCCGCCAUCCCCUACCCGGCCUCGACCAAGACAAGAGCCAGCCAGAGAAUCACCAGAACCUGAGCAGCCCGAAUCCCGUUCUACCUCUCCAUCCGAGCCGGAAAUCCAUACCGAGCCGGAAGUUGCUCCUGUUCCUCCCGCCCAACCACCACUUUCUCCAAAGGCUACAUCUCCACCAAUCCGUGCCAGGCGACCUAGUACUAAAAUACCAAAGGAUGCGGAAAUCACGAUCAUUAGCGACGAUUCUGACGAAGAUAACGACUCUGAAGUAGCAAACGAUGAAGAACCUCCCGAGGAGCCUAGAACUCAAGAACCACCCCCGCCUCACGUAGGUCGGUACCACCCAGAAGGGGGUCCACUCCUAAAUUAUCCAUCACAACUGAAACGCCUCGACGUCCGACACGACCUCCAGAGGAGGAUCAAGGAGCUGGAGGCAGAGGUUGUACGGCUGCGCGAAGAGCUUGCGAAAAAGGAUCGGGCACCAGCUGUGCCCAGUGCGCCGCUAGCUUCAGGCCCGCCACCGCCGCCUCCACCUCCACCACCCCCUCCGCCGCCGCCUCCUCCCCCACCACCCAUGGCAAACCGUCCAACCAUGCCUAUCAUGGUGGCUCGUCGGAGACCCGAAAACGGCGAAUUCGAUGAUGAGCAGGACGAGGAUGGUGAUGGUCCCCGCACAGAUUUGGAUCGAGCGUUGUGCAUGAUGAGAGCUGGGCUAAAGGCAACUACACAAACACCUGCCCCCGCCGCCAAGAUAUCUAGCGGCAAAACGCCCACUAUUCCACUAGAGUCCAUGACCGCGUUCUUAGAAGAGAUGAAGACGGUUAAACUCAAGUCCAGGGUCGGGCCUACACCCAAGUCGUCAGCAAUCAAAGUCAAAGUCGAAGAAGAUGACGACGACGACGUUGGCAAUAACACUUUUGCAUUCAGACGUCCGCGAGGACCGCCAUCAGCCCUCGAGCGCUCCGCGCGACAAACAGCACCAGCUCAAACGGAAGUGCGUCCGGGACACUUGGCCCAAGCGCACGCCUCGACAACGUCGGUCAACAACGCGACUCCGUUUCCGCUACCGGGUGCGAAACGAAAAAGACCAGAGGCAGAGCCGCAGAGCGUACUUCAGUCGGCUGUUCGACGUCGUAUCAACGGUUCCGGAUCCACUUCGCUGGACGCGACGACCGAACGAGAAGUCCCUACGCCAUCGUUGUGUUCUGAUACCACCGAGUUGGAGGUGGAAGAACGGGCGUUGCAUACACCUCCUGUUGAGAGCAGUAAACACGCAGCAGCGCUGCCAGAGAAGAGUACGGCUCGGUCUGUGGAGAAGAAAUCUGGUGCUUCGACUGAAAAGCCCAGCGCAUCUACCACGAAUAAAUCUGGGUGCAGGCUAAAUCUGGUAGAGACGUCCUUUCUCGAAGGCUGCCACUUCCCAGUUGAAGAUACCCAACCCGCGUCAGAGAACAACAGUCUUGGUUCGACAGGAGACAAGAGUAUUCCGGUUCCAGAAGAUACGAGUAUUUCCGUCGGAAAUAAAACGACCUCGGUACCUGGAGAGAAGAGUAUCCGGGCAGCAGCAAGUCAGAGACGGCGAUUCAUACCUGUGUUUGCUGUCCCGCCUGCACCCCCGCCUACCUCUGCAACCACACCCGCUCCAGCUUCUACACCUGCUCCAGCUGAAACCAGCACCGGCUCAACCAACCCUGCGUCCUCCGGGCCUUACGCUUUCUUCUCCUCUCCCUCGACCGACUUUAGUGCAAAGAAGCCCAGGCCACCUCGGCUGUUCACACCGCAAAGACGCGAGGUGAUCGUGGUGGACGAUUCGGACGAGGAAGAGUCGGCUAAGAGUGCGAACUCGCGCCGGAGUGUAGGCUCGAGACAACGAAAAGGUCCCAACGACUCGGACUCGGACGAUCCAUUGGCGUUUACCUCCACUCCUGCACCCGGGUCCAAGAAUUCCGGGAUCAUGAAUGACCUAUCGUUCCGAUCCUUGUUCCCCAACUCCGACGACGAGGAGCUCGAGAGCGAUGUUUAUACAGGAACGGGUACUCAGAGUAAGACUGCUGGGUUCCUCAAGGGAGGAGGUUCGGGCGGUCGCGCUGUGUGGGCUGGAGCUGGCACGGUCACUGGUGCAGAUGAACCAGCUGAGAAGAGUGCUUCGGUAUCGAGCCGAAGACGAUAG